GUUAUCACAAAAAGACGGUCAGUCAAAGCCUUAGAACCAGUUCUUACCGAUGCUCUGCCAGUAAUUACGAUUGGAUGGACUUGAUGGAGUUGGCGGGGACAAUAGUUCAUGAUCCGGUCAUCAUUUGCCGGAAUCAAACAAAAAAAAGCAAUUAUAAUGAAGAAUAGGAAAGCCGGCGUUAGUCCAUCACUAUUGGCAUUGGCGAUAAUGCAUCCAUUCUGCUGUGCUACUAUCAAGGAUGGAAGGCUCAACAGGCCUCUGACCAUUUGUGGAGUGAUGGACAAUGCUCGUCCAUGUGUGUCGAUUCUUUGGUUUCAUGACUUUUCCUAUUCCCCCUUUUGCUCUGAGAUGCUAAUGUAUAUCAGGUUCAAGGACCCCACGAGACCGGGCUGGCUGCAAUUAACAUUGUUUUUGGAGCCUAAUAGCACGAAAUGGCUAUCCAAGAUGGAGAUUCCGACGCGUCCAGGGACAUCCUAGAUCCACACCAUUGGCUGUCAACCGAUACAACUCCAGCUCUCAGUCUCAAUCCGAACUUCAAGCCUGAUAAGGAUCAACUUUCGGAAGAUCAUUCUCUCUCGGAAACAACAGAGAAGUGUGGGGACGACCGUAUAGAUGGCAAUCCAGAGAAAUCAAUUGCUGGGCACAGCAAUAAACCAGAGAAGCAUGAAAAUACCCCACCUGACGGUGGCCAUCAAGCAUGGCUGACUGUGGCUGGCGGUUUCUGUGCCAAUCUCGUAAGCUUUGGCUGGAUCAAUUGUAUUGGUGUUUUUCAGGCUUACUACGAGACCCAUCAACUGAAAAGCUAUUCUACCAGUACAGUAACAUGGAUCACCUCGUUGGAGACAUUUAUGAUGUUUUUUGGGGGCCCCCUUGUUGGAACACUUUUUGACAACUUUGGUCCUCGGUGGAUUCUGUUAGCAGGUACCCUCUUGCACGUCUUUGGGCUCAUGAUGGCCUCUAUCUCAUCGGAGUACUAUCAGUUCAUUCUUGCCCAGGGCAUUUGCAGUCCCCUCGGAACAAGUGUUCUCUACCACGUCUCAAUCAACUGUGCAAGCACAUGGUUUCACCGUCGUCGAGCUCUAGCCUUGGGCAUUAUAGCCAGCGGCUCUAGCCUUGGGGGUGUAUUCCUCCCGAUCAUGGUAAAUCGUCUCAUUCCCCGGGUUGGCUUUGGAUGGACAAUGAGAAUUUGCGCAUUCUUGAUUCUCUUUUUGUUGGUCAUCUCGAAUCUUACCAUGCAGUCAAGGUUGACGCAUAGCCCAAAACCAUUCAAUAUUCUGGGUUACAUACGUCCACUUAAAGAAGUCCGCUUCGCACUCAUCACGGCCGGGGCUUUCUUCUUCGUCUGGGGUAUCUUCUUGCCCUACACAUUCAUCAUCACUCAGGCUGAGAGGUAUGGCAUGUCUCAUGAUUUAGCAUCGUAUCUGAUUUCGAUUAUGAACGCAACAAGUAUCUUCGGCCGCAUCAUCCUAGCAGCCCUAGCAGAUAUAUUCGGCCGCUUUAACAUGAUGAUAUUCGCCACCGCCCUAUCUGCCAUUCUAGUAAUCGCUCUCUGGCUUCCAUCUCGCAGUGAUGGCACCGCGAUCGCAUUCAGUGCCUUAUACGGACUCGUCUCUGGUGCAGCCGUCUCCCUGGCCCCCGCUCUAGUUGCCCAGAUCUCAGACCUACGCGAAAUAGGGGUCCGGAGUGGGACAUUUUUCGCUGUAGCCUCCUUAGGGGCUCUGACAGGGCCCCCCAUUGCAGGUGCCCUUAUCCCUGACGUUCUGCAUUCAUCGUAUUGGAAAAUGCAGGUGUUCUGUGCGGUGGUCAUGUUUACUGGCGCAGCGUUUUUUGCUUUUGCACGAGGGUACGUUGGCGGCUUUGGGUUAACCAAGAAGAUAUAACGCUCCGUCUGUCGGUAUUUGUAAC